GUCGGUGGGGCGGAGGCGAAGCGGGCAGCAGUCCGGCAGUUACGCGAGGGCACGGGGCAGGUGUUCACGGCGACGAACGCGUUGGGAUUAGGGGUGGACGCGCCGAGGAUCCGGGCAGUGGUGCAGGUCGGGUUGGUACGGCAGUUGCGGGAUUACGCGCAGGAGAGUGGGCGGGCCGGGCGCGACGGGCAGGCGAGCGAGGCGAUCAUGGUGCGGGCA